AUGGCGGAGGUGCUGCCACAGAUCAGACUGAGAGCAGAUACGCAGUCACGAGAAGCGAGCACUAAGGUGGCGACGCCCGCCAUCCUGCCAUUGAAAGAUGCAACGAACAAUACAGGCAAUGGGCGCGUAAUCGCACCCGAGAGCGUGGAAGCACGACAGUUACCAAAUACCAAAAGCUAUCCAAGCAAGUUCAUGCAAACCCUUUCUGGCAAUCAGGCGCAUGCUGCGAGCAAGUCUCCCGGGGCAGAGGAACGGAGAGAUUCGCAAGCAAUUGACCCUUUAUCACACCAUAUCCUCAACAGAGCGAAUAUGCCGAACUCAUUGCCUCUGAAGAUGCGCUCAGGCGCCGCUGAAGAAGAUAACGGCGAAAGUGAGAAUAGCGCAUCCGUAGCAACAGCUCAGACCUCCUUAGAGCCAUCCGCUGUACGCAACGAUAGCGCGGGUCCUGGUUCAAAAGACAAGAGAAACCGGGUCUCAUUCUUUAGCCGCUUCGCUCCGAAGAAGAAAGACGUCUUAUCCGAGAUCAACGAUAAUGAUUCCGAAGUGGGCGACAAAAGAACCGAGGGGAUGGAUGCGGAAAUAUUCUCCCAGCCGAUUGGAUACAUACCUCAGUUUCCAUCACCGCCAAAAUACAUCAAGGUGCGAUCACAUGGCAAGAAAGAGAGGGACUUUCAGAGGCUCUUCCUCGCCCAGGAGUUGAGGGGAAGGUCGGGUGUGGAGAUUGCACAGUCUGGAGGUAGGCUUGUCAAGAACGGGGCAUAUAAACAUGGGGAAAAGGAUGGCAAUGCGAUAUGGGCGAUGGAAUUUUCAAAAGACGGCAAACAUCUGGCAGCCGGUGGAAAGGAUUACGUUGUCAGAGUCUGGGAAGUCUUGUCCACAAAAGACGAGCGACAGACGCAUGAGAAAGAAGAGGAAUCUGCGGCGAAGGCGGGCGACAGUGUCCGACUGAAUGCGCCAGUAUUCAAACCCAAGACGGUACAGGAGUAUGGAGGUCACACAGCAAGCAUCUUGGACCUGAGCUGGAGCAAAAACAACUUUCUUCUGUCUUCCUCGAUGGACAAAACAGUACGGCUUUGGCACGUUAGCAGGGCUGAAUGUCUAUGCUGCUUCAAGCACAGUGACUUUGUCACAUCCAUACAAUUCCAUCCGCGCGAUGAUCGAUUCUUCCUCGCAGGGUCACUGGAUUCGAAACUUCGACUGUGGAGCAUACCAGACAAGAGCGUCGCAUAUUGGACACAAACACCGGACCUGAUCACUGCCGUCGCAUUUGCUCCGGAUGGCAAGACCGCAAUCGCAGGCUGUCUGAACGGAUUGUGUCUAUUCUAUGAAACAGAAGGCUUGAAAUACCAGACACAGAUCCAUGUUCGCUCAGCGCAUGGUAAGAAUGCCAAGGGAAGCAAAGUCACCGGUAUACAAGCCAUCAACUACCCACCUGAAGAUUCAAACGGAGAAGUCAAGCUUCUGAUUACCAGCAAUGACUCUCGGGUACGCGUCUACAAUCUUAGAGACAAGGGUCUCGAGCUCAAACUGAAAGGUAACGAGAACUCAUGCAGUCAAAUACAUGCUUCGUUCAGCGAUGACGCGCGGUACAUAGUAUGUGGUAGCGAGGAUCGCAAGGUAUAUAUAUGGUCUACAGGACAGCCAGAAACCGAAAGGGACAAGCGGCCUCUGGAGACUUUUGAAGCCCAUUCAGCUAUUGUCACUACUGCGAUCAUGGCGCCUACGAAGACAAGACAGCUCCUCAGUGCAUCAGGCGACCCUCUGUACGACUUAUGCAACCCUCCACCCGUGACACUGAUCAGUCGCACGCAAUCGCAGGCAUCCUCCAUACCUCCUACCGAAGGCAGCCCGCAACCUGACAGUUACAUUCUUCCCGCUUCGACGACACCCGACGUCACCAGAACCACUAAGCCGGAAGAAUCGCCAGCUUACCUUGCUCGCUGCGCCCAUCCAGACGGCAACAUCCUUGUCACAGCUGACUUCAUGGGUCAUAUCAAAGUCUUCCGCCAAGAUUGCGCCUUACAAAACCGGCUGCGGAACAACGACAGCGCAUUAUCCAAGAAGAUGCUCGGGAGAACGAGUUCGGUCGCCACGAAGAACAGCAAAAAUUCCCGGCGUGACUCUCUCCAAAUGGGCCAUCCCUCAUCCGAACGUAUCCUCUCGUGGCGUCAAUCGAUCUCAAGCAACAAUGGAAGCUUCGACAAUUCCCGUCUCAGCCAACAGAGAAGUAGCUCUCCACGCAAGUCGUUGGGUGCAGGAUCCCUCCAACCCAGUCGCCUUCCGAGUCAAAACACGAUCGUAACAACUCCAUCUCUGCCCAGCACCUCUCAACCACACAGUCCACAUCGCUCCUCUGACGAAUCUAAAGGUCUAGGUCUAGACAUUGAGAAACUCAGCCUUAAACCCCCGAAGAUGGACUCCAAAUGUGCCAACGAAGCUAAUCCACUGAUGCUACGAGGAGAGCAAAGCUAUAUGUUCUGGAACUCGGCCGUCUACCAGGCGCAGGCUGCUACUGCAUCCCAUCUCGGCCCCAAGUACGAGCCCAGUCGCCACAACCGCAACGGCUACUCUCCAAAUGCAAGCACGGCCGGGAGCAGUAAUCGCUCCAGCGUUGAGAGGCAUCAUUCACACUUGGGCGUGCCGAUAGCAAAGGCAGAUACCCAGGUUAGCAGGCUGAGCAGUGAGGAGGAGAGUGGUGGGGAAAGCCCGCAGAGGGAGGAGGGAAAGGGUGUGACUUGUAGAAGAUGUGGAGGGAAGAGCUUUAAAGUUACGAUUGGGGGGAAUCAAAGGAAGCAGAUCCUGGAGUGUGGGAGUUGUGGGGAGGGUGUAUAG